ACAAAAAAAAAAAAAAAAAGCUGGAAAAGAAACACAAAACCCGUAAAUCUUACGUUGGUCCCAGCAAACAGGGGCAACUUGUAAGGCAUUGCACAUACCUACGCCAAAUCGAUCGAUUGACUGCUCGUUGUACUGACCCCUCUGCACCCUCUUGCCUGGUUUCCGAACCGAGCGGCCCGAAUGGCGUGCCGGUUCUGGUGCUGGUGCUACUAAGACUGCUACGUAUUGCGAGCGGUGGGUGUUCACUGCUCACGCGGCUUUGGAGAAGCGCUUCCCCGCACACACCGAGCCGUCGUGAUCCGGCCAAGGCUUUUUGUUGUUUCCCUUCUCUUUCUGUUUUUUUUUUCUUUUUCUUUUUUUCUUGUUUUCAGUUGUUGUUGUUAUAAGUUUUUUUUUCUUAAUUUUUUUUUUUUUUUUUUUUUCAUGGCCCUUUCGCAUCGGAUAGGUUCAUUACUCGCCGUCGAACGCUUGGGUGUCUUGCCGCUACGGGGCUUGUUCAGUUUCCAAUUAUUCCCGACCAAGCCCCAUUAUAUACCUGCCGCCAAAAAUACCACCUACGAGGCACAUUAUCCACUCACCCAAGGUACCCUACAGUACCUACGUUGACCUCAGGCGCAUCCCUUGAUCUCGGUUUGAACUGCCAGCCAAUUUGCAGCUACCACCCAACCACCAAAAUAGAAGGUAGCACAGACGAGCUAGCCGCAAAAUAACCAUAACCCAGGCGGGAUCGGGCUCUCUCGGGACGCAUCUCGCCGCCCCAAAGAGCCCCUCCUGCUCGCGGUUACAAAAUCAGGCUUGUGAAGAGCACGCGCUUUUGAGGGGGGAGUGGAAUGUCAUCACACGACCGACGACACCAAGUUACUCCGCCUGUGAGCUUUGAUUCCGAGGGCGACGCCACCGCUGCGGGAGACCAUGGGCCGCUGACCUCGCCUGCUGAAUUCUACCCCCCGCCGCCGCCGCCGACCCCGGAGUCUAUCGGGAUAUCGGUUCCCGAACCCCUCGAGGCCAUGCCGGACAGCCCACGUACCAUCUCGCCGCUGGAGAAGUGGGCCGCACACGCGACCUCGUCUCAGUUCAACGCCCUCUCCGGGGCCAUUGGUGGCUUCACCUCGGGCGUUGUGGUCUGCCCGCUCGACGUGAUCAAGACAAAGCUGCAAGCGCAGGGUGGAUUCGCCGCGGUGCAAAAGGGGCGCCAUGUCGGACACCACAGGGUAUACUCGGGGCUUUUGGGCACCGGCAAGAUAAUAUGGCGGGAAGAGGGCAUCCGUGGCAUGUACAGGGGGCUUGGACCGAUAAUAUUAGGAUACCUGCCGACAUGGGCAGUCUGGUUCACAGUCUACAACAAGAGCAAGGAGUUCCUCGGGGAACAUCACAAAAACUCAUUCAUCGUCAACUUCUGGUCCUCGAUCGUUGCCGGCGCGAGCAGCACCAUCGUGACGAAUCCCAUAUGGGUCAUCAAGACACGGCUCAUGUCGCAGUCGGCACGCGACCACAUAAGAACGAGCUAUUCACAGUUCCCAAAGGGUGCGAACACGCCAACUUCGCGGCCGACGCUGCACUCUCCAUGGCACUACAAGUCGACAAUGGACGCGGCUCGCAAGAUGUACACGACCGAAGGCAUCACCUCAUUCUACUCGGGCUUGACCCCAGCCCUGCUCGGCCUCACCCACGUCGCCGUGCAGUUCCCAGCAUACGAGUACCUCAAAACAAAAUUCACCGGCCAGGGCAUGGGCGCCGUGGCCGUGGACAAGGAAGGGCACCAGGCGGCCAAUCAGUGGAUGGGUGUCCUUGCCGCCACAAUAUUAUCCAAAGUUCUCGCCAGCAGCGCGACGUAUCCUCAUGAGGUUAUUCGCACCCGGCUGCAGACGCAGCAGAAGCCUAUGGUCGGUAACGGAAGCAGCAACGGAGGUGCGGGGUUACCGAGGUACCAGGGCAUCGCCCGGACGUUCAGAACUAUUCUCCGCGAGGAGGGCUGGCGUGCCUUCUAUGCCGGGAUGGGCACGAACCUGAUGCGCGCAGUUCCGGCGGCCACGGUGACGAUGCUGACAUACGAGUAUGUUAUGCGAAGGUUAAACCAAGCCAAGAUUGAUGGGAAAAUACUUCUUGGCGAGGCGGAAGGAUAACUUGAGGUGACACAUUGCGGGUAGCUUCGUAUUAUGCACGUUAGUACGGCGAGAGAUUUUGGGCUCUCCGUCACGCCUCCCAUCAUUGAUCUGCGCGAUCCAUUCUUGGCGACUCAUUCUGUCUAGCCACCUAGCCAUAUAGUUUAAGGUCCAGGGAGCACUUAUGUAUAUAUCAUCAUAUUUCGCAUGGCCCUCUGUAUGUGCCAGACACCACCCCAUCCCCCAUCCCCCAUCCCUCGGCUUUAUGGCACCAGUAUAAAGAUUUUUUUUGUGUAUCUCAGGACGGACAUAGACCAGUAGUGCUCUCCCGCUGUCGGCUAGAGCUCAGCUUAUCUGCUUUCGCGGCUCGAGACCGGAAAGCCCGAGAAAAUAAGCAGG